CGUGGGUCAGGCCGCUCCGCCCAGCUGCGCAGACGCCGCUGGACUCCGCGGACCGGGCAGGGGCUGGGGGCGCUGUGCCGGGACCGGGCAGCCGCGCCACCACGCAUGCACGCGCAGGUCCAGGACUCCCCACCCUGCAGCGAGCAGGCCCCGAGGAACCGUAGCAAGCCCCGCAGGAGCGGGCGCCUCUAGGCCUCCAGAUGUUCGCUGCCAUCCAACCAGGACUAGCAGAGGAGGCCCAGUACCUGGGGAGCCUGCCUCCUGGAGUAUGUCAACCGGACCUCCAACCAGACAAUAAUUCCAAUUUCGUGGAGAGUGCUAAGGAUGCCAAUAAGAACUGGCAUGGGGUGCCAGGCAAAGUGGAUCCCAUUCUGAGAAGGAGCUCCUCUGAGUCUCCCUCUGAUAACCAGGUCUUCCAAGCCACUGGGCUCCUUGAGGCCGGAGUCCGCAGUCCCCCGGAGGGUGCGGAGAUCCCUGGAGCUGAGCCAGAGAAGCUGAGCGGUGCCAGCAGUGUCUGCUCUCCUCUGGAGGACAUUGGCUAUGCCAGCAGUCCCCUGAGCAUCGACAGCUUUAGCAGCAGUCCAGAGCCUGUCUGUGGCACCCCUCAAGAUCCGAGCCCUUUGGAUCCCCUUCUGCCCUCUGUAGCCCAGGCUGUGCAGCAGCUGCAGGCUCAGGAGCGCUACAAAGAACAGGAGAAGGAGAAACACCAUGUGCAUUUGGUGAUGUACCGUCGCUUGGCACUGCUCCAGUGGAUCCGGGCGCUGCAGCACCAGUUGGUUGACCAGCAGGCCCGACUGCAAGAGAGCUUUGAUACCAUCCUAGACAACCGGAAGGAACUUAUCCGCUGUCUGCAACAGAGGGAAACACCUUGCAGGCACCAGGACCAGGGCUAAGGGUGUGCGUGCAUAAGUGUGUAUAUUUGCAGGCUUAUAUGUGGUUAUGCACAAGGAAGUAUGUAUUAGUUGGCAUGUAUGCGAGUAAGCAUAAGUGAAUAUGUAUGUGCUAACAUGUUAGCAGGUAUGUAAGGCAUGGGUGAAUGAACAUGUAUGUGUUAUAUGUCGCAUGUGUGUUUAUGUAUGCAUGUGUGGCUAGGUACCCAGGAAUGUGUAUAUAUAUUCCCAGAUGUAGAAGCAAAAGAUAGGUAUGCAUGCGUAUCAGUUUAAAUGUACAAGCUUGUAUUGGGUGUGAGUGAACCUGUGUGUGUUGAGACUUACAUGUUCCAGUGCUGGCAUAAGAAGCAUGUGCUAGGAACAUGUGCAUUUGCAGAGACUUAAGAGCAGGUGUAUGUAAAUAUAUGUUCAAUUGUACCUGCAGGGCAUCCACCCAUCCCCUGUGUUCCCAAAGUCUACCCCAGCUUUAUCCUCUACUGAGUCUCACAGCCUCCUGGAGAAAGAAGCCUCUUUCGCUGUCAUAUAUCUGAGGACCAUGGCUCAUCUGUCCUCCUGGAGUUUCUCAGGCUACCUUUCCUAUCCCUUCCCUUCCCCUCCGACCUUGCUCUAAGACCACUGUCCCUAAUGUCCCUAAUUGGCUUUUUCUUAAGAGUUGUUUUUUUUUUUGUUUUUUUUUUUUUUAAAUCUGGGAUGGUUGCUUUUUGUUCGCUUUGCUUAUUAUACUAUAAGGGAUUGAGCCCAGAGCCUUGUGCACGCUAGGCAAAUGUCCUCCACUGAGCUGCAUACCCACCCCUGGUUCAGAGAUUUCUUGGCUGCGCUGGCCUUCCUGUGUACAGGACAGUUUGUGGAGAAUUGGUAUCAAGGGAGGGAACUGGCAUGGGAGUGGAUGCAGUGGUAGGGGUGGGAGUGGAGAUAAAGAGAACACUAAGACUGUCCUCCCAGCCGGGCUCUGGUGGUGCAUGCCUUUAAUCCCAGUACUCUCAAAGCAAAGGUCACUGGAUCUCUGAGUUCCAGAACAGCCUGGUCUACAAAGUUAGUUCAAGGACAGCCAGGCUAUACAUAGAAACUGAAAGAAAGAAAGAAAAGAAAAGAAAAGAA